AUGGACACAGGGCAGUGUCUCGUUCUGCCGGCAGUCUCUGAGACCAAUAGUGCUGACGAGUUGGAAACCUGGCUUUCCGAAUCGCAGUCGGAGCUCCUCCGUUGUCACACGGUCGAUGCAGCGGAACGACGGCUCGGUGAUCAAGCCUUUAGCAGGUUUGUGGCCUCAUUGCUGAGCACGUCGGUUCAGCUCGCUAGAUCGUCCGUGCAUCCAGCACCUCAAGUUGGAUGUGGGAUUCAGUACAUGGACUUGUCUGGCAACUGCCUGACCGAUACGGCUGCUGUGGCGCUUGCCGAGUGCCUGACCUGGAUGCGGGAAAGCCUGGGAGGACACAUGCUGAGGUCCCUGUGCUUGUCCUCCAACUGCAUCGGCCCUUCUGGAGUGCAGGCAGUGGCCCUGAGCUUCUUUCCUCCGGAUGCCGAUGCCGAGCCGUACAGGCUAGCACUGUCCGGAAACCCGCUCGGCGAUGAGGGUGUAACGUUUGUGGCCCUGGCUGUGCGAAGCCGGCGGUGCAAAGCAGUCCUGGAGCUCAGCAGCGUGGGCUGUGGUGCUGGCGGCUGCAGAGCUCUGGUUGAAAGCCUUGAGUGGCUGCAGGGCUUGGACCUCCGCCACAACAGCAUUCCUGAGACUGAGCUUGGGAUUUUGGCAGCACAGCUUCCAGAAUCUCUUCAUUUCCAGCUGCCUCUCACCACACUUGACACAGGACGUGUGCAGGUCUGCACAGCGCCGAAGGUGCCCAGAGAGGCAGAGGCGUCAGCUGUGUCGGUGCCAUCGGCGAGUCCGAAGCCAGAGCUCGAGGCGACAGUCCAUGAGGCGACAGUCCCCUCCGCGAGCUCUGCACUGCGACAACCCGCGUCCCGCGCGGAGGUGGCUCUGCAACGAGCCCGCAAAGCUCUGAGCCAAUCUGCGUCAGCCAGGCCAUCGCCAGACCAGCGUUUGGCAGAUGGGGCAGCUGCGGCGCCGCAGAGUAGAUGCGCGGUGUCUCAAGAGCACCAGCAUCUGCCACGUCAGCCGCGUCAGCCGCGUCAGCAUGUCUUGGAGAGCUGCUGCGAGAGGACAGGUUCGUCCUCGAAAGCAUCCACAGCUGCGCAGGCAGUGCUGGAUCGUGCUCGAAGCGUUCUGCAGAGGAAGCCUGGAGAUGGUGCAGCUGCUCCCAGAGCUCCCAAAGCUCCAGUCGCACCGCAGUCGGCACCUGUGCAGGCCAUGAUGGACGAAAUGCCCGGACCUCCGGCUCCUGCCGGACCUGCCGGACCUGCCGGACCUGCCGGACCUGCCGGACCUCCCGGUCCUGCCGAACCUCCCGGGCCUGCCGACAUGCCUGCCAAAUCUACAAAAAACUCCCAAUUUUCUCAAUUUUCUCAGUGCUGUGAAAUCUCAGAGUCAAGCGCCUCAAGCUCCGUCCCGAAGAUGGACUUUGGGGACAAUCAUCCUUCUACAUCUUCGACACUCGGGGUCGGUCGCAGCGGCGACGAAUCCGUGAACAUGUGUGCCCAUCAGGAAUCAGCCAGUUUCCCCAGUUCCACGGCAAAGGCUUCCUUGUCGUACCAGCGCUCAGUGGAGGGUGUAUCGCAUCUGCAGCAAGCUCUUCGUCACUUAGAGGGCGGUUUAGGCAUACGGCGAGAGCGAGAUCAGCGAGAUCCGCCUUCACGGCCCCUCGACCACGUCGAGAACGAGCCAGAUGCGGAAGCACUCGCGAUGCCGGAGCGAACCGUGCGCUUGGAGCGCGAAGUGGCGGAGCUACGGGAGGACGUGCGCCGCAUCGAGCACACAGUAACAUCGCUUCAAGCCGAACCCGAGCAGGAAGACAAGAUCCAGCAUGAAGACCCUGCCGAGUUGACAUCAGACUACCUUGACUUGUGCCCUGCAAAGCCCGCACAUGGCGACCACAUAGAUGUGGAGAGUGUGUCCUGCAUACCUGGCAUGCCUAGCAUUGCCACACUGAAAGCUGAGAAAGAUGCACGUGAGUCUGAGAGCUUGGGUCUCCUCGAAGCGACGCAGCAAUCAGAGCAAUCAGAUGUCAAGGAACCUGAAGAGGAGGUUGAUUGUUCAAAGGGCCGAGAUGGUGGAGAUGGUGGAGCCCGUCUGGAACCAGUUUCUGGGUACAUGGAGGCUUCAGCGCCGGCACCGACCAUGAACCCAGCAUCGGCAGCUCCUGGUCCGGCAGUGCCUGCUCCGGCGGCACCUGGUCCGGCAGCGCCUGGUCCCGCGGCGCUUGGGGCGCCAGCGCCGAGUCCGGCAGCGCCUGGUCCGGCGGCGCCUGGUCCGGCGGCACCUGCUUUACUGGAAGCAGCUACAGCUGGCCAGGCAGCGCCUGCAGACCCUCAAGAAGGUAGCGCCAAGGAGCAUCCAGAGCAAGCGAGCCCGUUGGUUCCCAAGAAAGGUGGCCCCCCUCCUCCGAAAGGGAAAGGAAAGGGGAAGGUGGGCAAGGGGCCCAAGGGGCCGUCACUUCCGACGGCGGAGGCAAACGAGUCAAACGGGGACAAGGUGGCUGGGCCUCCGCCCCCAAAGGGAGGAGGCAAGGGCAAGGGCCCGAAAGGCAAGGGCGGUCCGGGUGCUCCGCCUAAAGGCCCGCCUCCCAAAGGAGGUGGGCCUUUGAAGGCCAAGGAGGCCGUACCAAAGGCCGAGUCAAAGGCUCCAUUUCUCAAGAGGCUGUAUUGGAAGCAAGUCGACAUCCAAGAUGCGGAAGGCACCAUCUUCAGCGAGAGCAGGAGCAGGUCAAACACCUGCUCGGCUGCCAUUGACUUUACUGCCCUGACGCGCAUGCUGGAGGCCGAGCAGGCCAAGGGCUCCCAGCUGCAACGGCGCUCCUCCGGUGUCCUGAGCAAGGCUCAGCAGCGGAACAUCGGGACCAAGGUCUUGAGCGACCACCGGGCUCGAAACAUCGCCAUCGUUCUCAAGCGCUUGCCGCUGUCCACCAAAGACCUGGUUUCCGUGCUGAAGAAGCUGGAAUGGGAGAACGACCGUUUGGGGACCGAUGACUUGGAGCAGAUCUUGGAAGCCAUCCCCACCCACGAGGAGGCCAAGCACCUCCGUGACCACAGCUCGGAGGAGGCUUGCCGAAAGCUGCGGGAUGUGGAGCAGAUGGUCAUGCCUCUUGCCCUGCUCACCAGGGCUUCGGCAAGGGUGCGUGUCCUUUGUGUGGCUCGCAAUGCAAGGCUUCAGUUCAAGUCCACGGCGAGGACUCUGGCAAAGAUUCGAGCGGCAUGCUCCGCCAUUCAAAGGUCCGGCAUGUUGCGAAGCGUCACGCUCCUGGCCUUGCAGCUGGGGAACUACAUCAACCACGGAGACUCGAAGAAAGGGGCCAAAGCCAUUGCAAUCAGCUCCCUGAUGGCCCUCCGGGAUUUCAAAGUCGGAGAGAUGUCCUCUCUCCACUUCCUUUGCGCUUCCCUCCUGCGCUCCAACCCGAAGCUGGAUGCGGCGCAGGCUCUCCUCAGAGAGCUGCAGCCGGCGGAGAAGAUCGCCAAGAUGCAGGUUCAGGGUCUUUCAGCAGCCGUGCGAUCUUUCGCCCGAGACCUUGACACCAUCAAAGCCGAAUGCCAGAACCAUCUCCAAGAGUACGAAGGCGAAGGAGAGCCAUCUACGGAUGAAGAUGCCAAGGACUUGGAAGAUGCAAUGGAAGAGGUUCAUGCGGUGGCAUCUGCAGCAUCGGAAACCAUCGAGUUCAGUCCCGGCAGCAGCCUACAGCGGCAAGACGAGGAUGCGACACGAUGGGUAGAGGAUGUCAUGAAGAUUCGAGGUGGCGCGCAGCGGCGUCUGCGCUGCAUGAGGAGGAUCCUGGAGAAGCUCCAUCAGCUCUUGAAGGUUGACAUGGAGAAUACGGCAGAGGAGGACUGGUAUCCCGACACCAGUGCGUUCGGGGGAGUUGUGCGCGAGUGGUGGCAGGUCCAUUCUACACUGCGUUUCUGCGGCGUGCUGUUGCAGAAGCCUUCUAACGAGGCUUUCAGCAAACGUGCAAGUUACAUGAUGCUCAAGCGACAUGAGCUCGAUUCAAUCUUCGCGCUGAGAGGCAUAUUGGUCUCACCAGUUGCUGUUAGUGCUUCAUCUUCAGAGGUUGAAGCUAGCGCCAGCCAACUCCUCACAGCUCACAUAUGCUCAGCCGUGACAUGUGAAGCCUUGCCACCUCCACAUGUCCUGGUCCGGUGGGAAUCUGAUACGUAA